AUGGAAGACCGUCAUUACUUAAGCGAACCCCGUCCUAUUGAUGGAUUGAAACUCCCCAGUUGGGAAGUUGACAUUAUGCGAGAGGGCGUGGACGUACCCAUUUUGACUUUGACCGUGGACAGUCAAACCUUGCCACCCCGCAAGCGCAAGAAAAAGGUGGUGUGGAAGCUCCCGGACGAUUUGAAGACCAAUCCCAAGUUUGGAAUGGAAGACAAGCGGCGCAUUUUGGAACUGUUCAAGCAGAAAAAGAAGGAACUCAAGCGUGCACGCAAGUCACAGACCACUACUACUGGCGGUACGAAUCCAAACAACAGCAAUCAAAACAGUCCCGGCAGUUCCAAUGGAGGGGGUUCAAAGACAUUGAAGCGAAUGUCAUCUUCCGCAAUGAGUGUAGGUAGUUAUAUGACUGCCAAUGAAGAGCAGCCGGAAGAUGAUGACGACGAUGAUGAUAAUGAUGAUGAUGAUGGAAUUGAUAAUGACCAUGAUGACCAUGAUGACCACGAUGAUCCUGGAGAAAGCAAGGUGGCGGAAGGAGAGGAAAAGGUAGACGACAACCACAAUAGUGUCAGUCUUCUCAGUUCCUCUCCACCUCCUCCUGGCUUUAACAUGUCUGGAUUGUCCUUGGGCGGGUCAGCAUCAUCAGCAUCACCGCCACCACAACAGCAGAAACGGCAACCACCAUCAUCAUCCACAGCUAUCCAACCACCAUCACUGCCGCCACCCAUGCCAUCCAUGCAACCAUUGCAGGAGCGAUCUCAUUCCUUUGCGGGUGUUUCACGUGCUGGGCCACCACCACCCUCCUCUACGCCACCAUUAUCCUUGUCCAAUCCACCGCCGAUACCACCACCGCCUCCGGGUUUGAAUUCCUCGUCCCGACGAGCUUCUACCUCUUCCAUACCACCGCCGGGCAUGAAUCCCUUUCAACAACCACCGCAAUCACAAUUGCCGCAAACUACCGCCAACAUGCCCCGCCAUUUUAUCGUGGGUGAUCCUUCUGCCUUGGGCCAUGUCGUCAUGGAAACCUAUUACCUGCUGUUGCGCACGGGCAUGGUCCGCGAUUUGGCCCAAUAUUAUUUGCCAGAAGCGCAAAAAUCGUUGACGGUGGGUGGUGCCCAUGCAUUGUGCAGCGAUGUCAAUCAACGUUUGCAACAGUUGGAAUCCUUGACCAACAUGGUAUUGCAAGUCAAGGGCGUCUUGCAACAUCCACAGCAUGUUGGCGACAAUGUCUAUGUCAUGAUUACAGGAACCUCGCUAAGACCACAAUGUUUGCCCUUUUGCCAUUCCUUGAUUUUGAAACAAGUGGGCCCCCAAGCCUUUCAAAUUUUAAAUGAUGCUCUGGCGUUCUUGACUACCGAGGGGUAA